GCAGUUGAGGAGAUUGAGAAGGUUUUAUGGGAAUUCGACAUGAAGGAUUUCUUACCAGAAUUGGGACGGGCCCAAGAGCCGAUGUCUGAGACCGAUAUAUCCGCUUUUCCAGAGAAGACGUCACCUUAUUCAAGAAAUUUGGCACCUGUGUCAGCUUCGGUAUCAAGUGCCAUAGAAGAAAUGUUAAAAAAAAGAGCUGAUUUCUGAUUUAGCGGCUGAAUCCGCCUUAGUUUCGGCUUUAGAAAUCAAUUCAGAUUCAGUCGCUCCAUCCGUAGAAGUGUCCUCAUUAACAUCCGCUCCUGACCCACAUUCAGCCCCAGAUUCAGCUCCGUUUGAGGCGUCAGACACACACACUGCUUUGGGAACUGAAAAAGCACAUGCUGGAGAGUCAUUGACAGGUUCUGUUGCUCAGUUGGCCGGCACGUCUGAUUCAGACGGGACGUACAUGAUCCCAGACCCGGAUUGGGUGACUGGGGGAGAUGCUCUUCUUGCGGAUUUGGAGUCCACAACCUCCCACAUUUCCAAACAAGCUGUUUUUCUGCCAGAAGAGACGCCAUAUUCUUACCCCACAAGAAAAGACUCGCAUCAGGACGUGUCCUCCCCACCUCCACUAACCUCUCCUCCUGCUCAAACACUGAAUGGAUCUUGGGUAGAAAAGCCAGAAUCAAAGCACUCAUCAACCCAGUCUUUCAGCUCAGCUCCGAAAAGCGCCAGUCCUCGUGUGUCACAAUCUGAAGCAGAGCACGUCUAUAGUUUCCCCAAUAAGCAGAAGACUACUGACUCCUCCGCCGCCGUCAUGAGCUCAUCAUUGGGCAGUAACCUGUCAGAGCUGGACCGUCUGCUGCUGGAGCUCAACGCCGUACAGCACAGCACACCCUCCUUCCCUACUGAAGAGGCCUACCUACCCAAACCAGCCAGCAACACCCAGCGCUAUGUCCCAGAAAACGGCGUCUCAUCAGUAGUGAAAGCACCUCCUCCCAAGAUAGAGAAACCCAAACGCAGUGCACCCGGACGAGGGAUAGAGGACGUCAGACCCAGUGUGGAGAGCCUGCUAAAUGAGUUGGAAAGCUCUGUUCCGGCCCCUGCACCCGCCCCAUCAGUACCAGUGGUUCCUGAGUCGAGGGAAGUUCAGGAAGAGACUCCUGCCCAGCAGCAGGCUAGAAUCUCUGCCUCCUCAGCGACACGAGAACUUGAUGAGCUCAUGGCUUCACUGUCUGACUUCAAAGUUCAGAGCAAUAUUAUGGCUCAGGGCAAGAGUUCCCCCAACAGCGUUCCAAAGCAGGGGAAUAAACUGGAUAACAUGUUGGGCAGCCUGCAGUCAGACCUCAAUCGACUGGGUGUCCAGACUGUUGCCAAAGGCGUUUGUGGAGCCUGCAAGAAACCCAUCGCUGGCCAGGUGGUGACAGCAAUGGGUCGGACAUGGCAUCCGGAGCAUUUUGUGUGUACUCACUGUCAGGAGGAAAUCGGCUCCAAAAACUUCUUUGAGCGAGACGGCCAGCCAUACUGUGAAAAGGACUACCACAGCCUCUUCUCUCCACGCUGUUACUACUGCAACGGACCCAUUCUGGACAGAGUGGUGACCGCAUUAGACAGGACUUGGCAUCCGGAGCAUUUCUUUUGUGCCCAGUGCGGGUCAUUCUUUGGGCCUGAGGGUUUCCAUGAGAAGGAGGGAAAGGCGUACUGUAGGAAGGACUAUUUCGAUAUGUUUGCCCCCAAAUGUGGCGGUUGUGCUCGUGCCAUCUUGGAGAACUAUAUUUCGGCCCUUAACGCUCUUUGGCACCCUGAGUGUUUUGUCUGCAGGGAGUGUUUCAUUCCCUUUGUGAACGGCAGUUUCUUCGAGCAUGAAGGGCAGCCCUACUGUGAGGCUCAUUACCACGAGCACCGCGGCUCCCUCUGCUCCGGCUGUCAGAAGCCCAUUACCGGCCGCUGCAUCACCGCCAUGGGCAAGAAGUUUCACCCCGAGCAUUUCGUCUGCGCCUUCUGCCUUAAACAGCUGAACAAGGGCACGUUCAAAGAGCAGAACGACAAACCCUACUGCCAAAACUGCUUCGUCAAGCUCUUCAGCUAGAGUCUGGUAGUGUUGAGAGAAGUGUGUUUGAACAUGCACACCAAUACCCAAAGUCCCAAGGGUCGAGUUUUCCAGUUGGCCACAGUGUCAUCUUGUGGCGAUAGAGAGCAUUACACCAGCUUGUUCCUGUGCCAAAGCACUGUCAGAGAAGUGUAAAUCUUCAGGGAGGCUAUGACGAUUUUUAACAGCCUUUUUAACAUGCUUUCCCUUGAUCUAGAGACUAAAUUAUGGUUCUUAAAUUUCGUGGAGCUAUUUUAGAUAUUAUCGACUGCAUUGGACAAAUCCAGAUCUAUUUUUGUACUUGUUACACACACACUGAGCUUAACUUGAACAUGCACAUUUCUGUUUGCACAUUUCAGGCAUCUCUUUGCUGCUUUCUGGUAUUACGAAACUUUCUGUUAUUCGAUUUAGCUUUUUUUUUUUCUCCAUCGGCCACAUCAGGUUUUUCAUAAAGGUGCAAUAACAGCUUGGCAUCAUCAAAAGCUCAAUGCCAUAUUCUGUAUAUUUUUCUAAUUUUUGGUACUCUUGAGAGUUUGCUCAGUCCUGAUUUUAUUGUGCAUGUAUUUCUCUGUCUGAUCACUUUAUAAAGUGUGCUCUUUUACCUUUUUUUUUGUUGACGAUUGUUUCUAUUUUUAUAUUCAUGUGUGGUCUUUGUUUUUCUGGAUGGCUGGAGUGGUUUGAGCUUCCAUCCUUAUGCCUUUAAGAGAGUUUAACUGUGGAAUCAACUUACUUCUGCUGUUAUAAUUACAUAUUUUAUUCUUAUAAAACGCCCCCUUAAAGAUACCAGUUUGGGCCCAUAUGCCUGUUUCAUUGAGUAUGUGGCGUUCCACAAUGUGCCUAUUGCCACCGGGCAUGUUUUGUGAUUUACUUACGAUGAUUUUUGUCUUAAUUUCUUGUAUGUAAUGAGUUUGUGAUGCACCUUUUGCCUUUAUUUCAAUUCAUCUGAUUUCCUACUGUAUGCAAGUAAAUUAAAGUUUUAUGGAUUAUUAGUGAUUGCAAAAAAUGUACCCGACUUGUGUUUUUCCAUAAUUUAAAGAUUUUCUUUUUCAGGGUGAUGUCAUAUUUUGUUCUAUACUUACUGAUGACAUGCACAUUGUAUUUGAAACUUGGGGUCUAAAUGGACUGUACAAGACGUUGAAUAAAUACCAGGAUCUGAA